UGUGAUACAAUAUAAGCAAUUUGAGCUGUCUUGUGUAGUGUGCCUAGGAGUAACUUUCUCAAACACGUUAGCCAGAAAAAUGUCGGUGGUUAGCUGCGCCCUGAGUCGAAAUGUUGUGGCCAUUAGGAAUGCUGGCAUGAUGGUGAUGGUGCGGCACGCUCAGACAGCCGCUGCCACGGCUCCUGAACCAAGAAUCAAGAAGUUCCAGAUUUACCGCUGGGACCCAGACACCGCCGGAGACAAACCACGAAUGCAGACGUAUGAAAUUGAUCUCAACAGCUGUGGUCCAAUGGUUCUGGAUGCCCUCAUAAAGAUCAAGAAUGAAAUCGACCCCACACUGACAUUCAGACGCUCCUGUCGUGAGGGUAUUUGCGGCUCAUGUGCUAUGAACAUCAAUGGAGGCAACACACUGGCAUGCCUCAACAAAAUCGACACCAACACGAGCAAACCGACCAAAAUCUACCCGCUCCCACACAUGUAUGUGGUCAAAGAUCUGGUGCCUGAUAUGAGCAACUUCUAUGCACAGUACAAAUCCAUCGAGCCCUACCUGAAGAAGAAGGACGAAUCUCAAGAAGGGAAGGAGCAGUAUUUCCAGUCGGUGGAGGACAGGCAAAAAUUGGACGGCCUGUAUGAGUGCAUCCUCUGCGCUUGCUGCAGCACCAGCUGUCCCAGCUACUGGUGGAACGGAGACAAAUACUUGGGACCUGCUGUCCUAAUGCAGGCAUACCGGUGGAUGAUUGACUCCCGUGAUGAAUUCACUGAGGAGCGUCUGUCCAAACUUCAGGACCCCUUCUCGCUCUACCGCUGCCACACUAUCAUGAACUGCACUAAGACGUGUCCCAAGGGACUCAACCCAGGAAAGGCCAUUGCGGAGAUUAAGAAAAUGAUGGCGACCUACAAAGAGAAGAAAGCAGCAGCGUCGUGAACACACAAAAAUCCAGCGGUUUCAAGAUCCACUAAAAUACUUUGAACUAAGUUAAGCGAAAGAGAAGAACCAAGGGGGAACUUUUCCUUCAUCAGCAUCUUUUUUUUUUUAAUUUCAGUGAGUGUGUGAAAUGUGAGUGUGUGAGUGGGAUUUUUAUUUUGAGGAAGACAGGAAAUGGUGAGAUUGAGUGCUAGAAAAAACUGUUAAACAAACAUAUUUUGUGUGAUACCACAAGUUGGACCACAUCUAUGCUAUACGUGUGCACAGUGUAAAGGCUCUAUAGUAUUUACUAAUUGGGAAGAGCUCUUGAAAAUGUACUCAAGACUGUAAAUAUUUAAAUAUGUGUUCAUUAAAGAUGUGCUGGGCUCAUUGAAGAUAUUAAACAUA